AUGGCGUCUCCCGCUUCCGGGAGUUUGCGGGUGCCGUGCCAGUGCCAGCCGUACCCGGUGCUGCAGCUCGCACGGCUCGCACGCCGAAACCCGCGCCAGCCGCAUUCGGAGUCCCUUCUGACUCCGGUCCUCGCAUCGACCGCAGGUCUCUUCUGCUCUUUGGCCAAGCCACAGCGGCUGAGCAGGAGAGCCUCCAGAAAGAUCGCGGCAGGUCCGUCAUCUGACGGGGAACUCGCUGGAGGAUCGUACGAACUGAUGAAGACCAGUGGUGUGGAGUGGACGAUGAUGUUCAAGGCCGCAGAUGACUUUGCGCGCAAGAACGGGUUACGGAAGCUGGGCGACUCCGAGACUGCAGCCUCCAAAAUGGCGGCUUUCUACCCUUCAGACGAGGCAUUCCGUGGUGUCCGUGACUGGUUGGAUGCCCGCGGCCUGCGACGCCACUUUCCAGCUGUGAACCAGUGGUGCAAAGAGAUGGGUGCGGAAGACAUCAUCGAUCUAAUCGAGAACACGGAGGAGAUUGCCGAAUUUCUGGGCGACGCCCUCAACGAGAAUGAGAGAGCUGACCUUUGCGGCAGAAGGUUUUCCGAAGGCCGGACCUCCUGCAGCCGCGAAGCCGCUAAACUUGCAAGCCACAGCAUCCAAGCAGCCAUGGAGCGGCGGCGGCCGGGUGUGCUGAUCGCUGCCGCUGGAGCUUUGCUAGUGGCUUUGCUGAGGAGCACCAAUGCCUUCCUUGCACCUGCGAGCUCCAAACCGGAUGGCACACAGGGCGCGGUGCAUCGCAGAGACAUGCUGGCAGCGCUGGGGGUGGCCACGGCCUGGCAGGCAGAUGAGGCCUUGGCUUUGCGGGAUGCCAGAUUCGACUCCAUCUGCAGCUACAAAUGCCUUGCAAUCUGUAACGAGAGAGCACCUGGCAACGAGGAAUACUGCCAGAAGUUAUGCGUCAACUACUGCGAGCAGUCAAAGGAGGAGAAGGACCUCAAUUCGCAAGUGAAGAAAGGCAGCAUCGUCGACAAGAUCUUGGAAAAGUCUCGCAAGAAGAAGUUCGACAAUAAUCGUGCUGACAAUGCCAAGACGGAGCAGCUCGACCAGUGGCUGGGCUCGCAAAUCGCUUUGACCAACGAGACGGACUAUGCCAAUGGCAUCAAGGAGACCGGCCGCAUCCGCGAAUUGUUUAAGCCUGAAAAGCGGAAAGCCGAUUAG